AUGUGGCUUGCAUCAGUUGUCGUGAUUCAAAAUAAACUUGAACUUCUAGAACAAGAACUCAGAUCUAUUAAAGAAGUUGUUCAUCCCAAGAACAAUGUGGAACCGGUAUCCGUUUCUCAGAGCCACACUGCCGUGUUUCAUACACCAACACACUCAGCCAACAAUACCGUCUUUCCGCUGUCAAACCAUCUGCAAAGCUCUCAACAGUCCGAGUCUUUUACACCAUCGGCACCGUUGCUUCACAAGACGGAACCAACAAAAUCUCGUGUAAUAAACGGUCAAGUGGUGUCCGGUAAGGAUAUUGACUGGUAUUUCGAAAAAUACGCCAAGAAUGGGCAAAUCGUAACAUCAUUACUCGAUACUCUCAACCGCGAUGUCUGGGGCCUACUCCGAGCUGUCGCAUUAGACAUGGAAACAAUCCAUGUCCUAUUGAUUAUUUGUAGCUGGCCAUUUCCGACCAUUAGGUUUGUCACGGAUCCAUCACCGACAUUUGUUAGCAGCGCUCUCAACGCGUGCAUGCUCCUGGGACUACAUACUGGCAGAGGAUCUCACCCUAGUUUCUUGAUCGGCGGACGCCAGCACAUGACGUGUACAGACUACGAGGCGUCAAUAACUUGGAUGUUCUGUUGUAUCUUGGCACAGAGCGUGGACAGAACUGCUGUGGGCAACGGGCACCCGCCACCAUUCCUCCAGCACAACGACACUGGAUGCAGGAAUAUCGUCAAAGACACUCUCGCGCCCGAACUUAUGACUCUUUUCGAGCUUCAGAAAUUUUCAAAUCGACUACAUACAGCUAUGACGGCACAGAUAUUAUCAAAUGAUGGGGUUCCUGAAACAGUCGUCAAGACGUGGGAAGAUGAGUUUGAGCUUCUAAGACCACUUGUCACCCAUGUUGAUACAGACUGUUCCCGACUUAUAAUCCUCACUGCCCAACUCGAAGUGCAGGCCUACUAUUUCGUCUCACUUCCCGAUCAGCGUCCCAACUUCACCAUCAAUACCCUCCGUGCCUACAACACCUCACAAAAUCUCAUAAACACAGCCCUAACUCUCGAAUCAACAUCCCGACUUCUGACUCACAGCACCCACUGGAUCUACCGCGCUGUCAUGGACGCCUGCUGUAUCCUCAUGUCCACGCUACACUCCAAAGCCGCCCCACCACAUAUCUCAGCUUCAGACGCCGAUGCAGUUGUGGCACAGAUCUUGACUGUACUUCGAACCUGUUCAGUGCGUGAUAACGACCUUCCAUUUAAACAGGCCUUGCAAGAAGCCAAGAAUAGCACAGAUAGCGUGCAAAAAGGCAUCGACGUCUACGAAGCCAAUAUUUCGAAUGCCGACAAAAGCAAUGGUGAUAGUGUCGUCACCAAUCCAGAUAUCAAUCAGGGCCAGGACCAGACUAUAGACAACUCUAUUGAUCCCCUUCAAGGAGUCGACUGGUCCAUGAUCAUUGAUGACUUUGGGUGGAUCGGGGAAGGCCCUGUCUUCCUAGGCCCUGCAUAA